AUGUCAACUUCUAGAUCCGAACACUUGACUCUUGGCUACGCCUCCCAGUCUGCCAGUCAACCCCGUUCCACCUCUCCCUCCGCCAACAACUCUCCCAUCGACCCUCUGCCGCCUUCUCGCUCUCCAUUCGGCCUGUCUGGUGGUCUCAAUCCCUCUGGCAAGAUGGCGAGCAAUCCGCGAUCCGGGGCUGGUUCUCCGUCGCACGAGAUGUCUGGUUCCAGCCGUCUGUUUUCCAAGAGGGCUCGCGAGAUUCAGGCUCAAGAGGGCGUACCGGGCAUGCCGGGGAGCCUCUGGGGUGGUCCUCCCACGAGCGGCAAUUCCACGCCGCUGCGCGAGAAUAUUCCCGAAUCCCCAACCGAUGGCUUCCCCGACUUCGCCCAGCUUCCCACGCCAGACUCGAUGCCUCAGACCAGGCGCGCUCGUGCCGGCACGGUGCCUUCGCGCUUCUCUCCCGGCGGAGUGGCCAACGGCAUGUUGGGCGUCGCUGGCUUGGCUGCAAAGACCAGCAGGCCAACGCCGACUCAGAGCCCCUUCAAGUCCCCCUCUCCCAACCCAGACCCCCAGGAGAACACGGCUGCCAACUCCAGCUCCACGCUCCUCUCCCGUCUGCGAGCUGGAUCCAUGCCCCAGAGAAGCCAGUUUGCCCCGAUUCCCGGUACCAGCUCCCCGUUCGGUCCCUCCAUCUUCAGCAGCUGGAACCCUGCGGGUGUUGGGCGUGAGCGAGCUUCCACCCUCGCCAGCAUUGCCAGUGUGGGCUCCAACGGUCCCAGCUCCCCGGCUCAGUCUCAGUUCUCUAAGGAAGGCGGCGGGGAGUCUGAUGUCCACAUGAGGACCCUGGAUUAUCUCGGCCUCGCAGAGACCCCGCAGCCUCCCCGCGCCCAGCUUGCGACCCCAUAUCUGGCCAACCUUGACUUUACAAAGCAAGCAAGCCGUUUCCGAUCCUACUCGGUCAACAACAAGGACAAGUAUGCCGAUGACGAGGACGACUAUGACGCCGACAUGCCUCUGGAUCCCCAGUAUGUGGCUGCCCUCCAGGAUCAGCUGGCAGCUACCAACGCCGCAAUCCACAACCACAACCUUGCCGUCCAGGCCUUUGCCAACCAGGCCUCGGCCACCCGCCCUCGUGCCCGCACCGCUGGUGUUUUGGAUACUCCCGGUAGUCGACUUAUGAGGACCUACAUGUCGAGUGGUUCCAACAUCCCCAAUGCCAUUGCGCCCGCCGAGAUUCGCCUGCAGGACGAAAAGGAUUACGAGGACCUCCCUCAGGCCGUUGCUGGAAUGAACCUUGGCAGGUCCAACAGCCGCAAUGCCGGCCUUCUCAGCGCUGACGAGCAGGGCCUUGAAGGACCUACCAGCGCACUCUGGCUGGGUAGCAUUCCCACUUCAACCACUACGUCGACUCUGAUCGAAAUGUUCAAGUCCCACGGUCCCAUCCUGUCUGCCCGUGUCCUUACCCACAAGAACUGCGGCUUUGUCAAUUUUGAACGUGUUGAGAGUGCCAUCUCAGCCAAGGCAAGCAUGAACAGCAAGGAGAUCUUCCCAGGUGCGGGACCCAUCCGCAUCAACUUUGCUAAGCCACCCUCUGCUUCCAACACUCCUGGUCAUGAUGGUGUUUUCCCUUCUCCCAGCCCUGAUCCAUUCGCCAAGGGACAAGACAACGCUCAGGGCACCAGCUCUGCUACCCCCGCUGGUGAAACUGCCCCUCCCUCUACCUCAGCAAACGCCUCUCCCAAGGUUCCGGCCCUUCGUGAGAUGACUACGGACAUUCUCGACAUUGUCAAGCAGUUUGGAGCUUCGGACGAGGACAGGUUCAGGAUCUCUCGCAACCUUCAGUCAGCCAUUCAGUUCAACUCGUUCGUUGAAGAGAUUCCCCCGAUCCGCGAGCCCGCUCAUACUAGAGUCCACGAUGCGCCAAAGCUCAGAGAUAUCCGCAAGCGAAUUGACAACCAGAGCUUGUCUCAGGCCGAGAUUGAGAACAUUGCUGUCGACAUGCUCCCGGAGAUUGCUGAGCUUUCGUCCGACUACCUGGGUAACACUGUGGUUCAAAAGCUGUUCGAGCACUGCUCCGACCAGCUCCGCGAUGCCAUGCUGACCGAGAUUGCGCCUCACAUGGCCGAGAUUGGCGUGCACAAGAACGGCACUUGGGCGGCCCAGAAGAUCAUUGAUGUGUGCAAGACGCCCGCCCAGAUGUCCAUGAUUGUCGAGCACCUGCGACCCUACACGAUCCCUCUCUUCCUUGAUCAGUACGGCAACUAUGUUCUGCAGGGGUGCCUCAAGUUCGGCGCCCCCUACAACGACUUCAUCUUUGAGACGAUGCUCAGCCGCAUGUGGGAGAUUGCUCAGGGUCGGUAUGGCGCCCGUGCCAUGCGAGCCUGCUUGGAAAGCCAUCAUGCUACCAAGGACCAGCAGCGGAUGCUCGCGGCUGCCAUUGCCCUUCACAGUGUUCAGCUGGCAACAAACGCUAACGGCGCCCUGCUUCUGACGUGGUUCCUGGAUACCUGCACAUUCCCCCAACGUCGGACCGUCCUCUCGCCUCAGCUGGUUCCCUACCUGGUGCACCUUUGCACUCACAAGGUUGCCUAUCUCACUGUCCUGAAGGUGAUCAACCAGAAGGCCGAGGCUGAUGCCCGAGAUGCGAUCCUCAAGGCGCUCUUCUUCACCCCCAACGACCAGGUUCUUGAGGCUAUUCUCAAGGAUCAUCAGUGCGGUGCCACGCUCAUCUUCAAGGUGCUUACGACGCCCUUCUUUGACGAGUCGAUCCGCACCCAGGUGGUUGACAAUGUGAAGGCUGUCCUUGUUAGAAUCAAGGCCCAGCCCAACCAGGGGUACAAGCGCCUGAUGGACGAGGUCGGCAUCUCGACUCGAAACGCUGCCAACAACCGUGAUGCCAGCACUCACGCUGAGCAGCGCCAGCGACCAGCUUCGAGACAGGCGAAUUCCAACGGCCACCACCCCCAGUCUGCUCACUCCAACAAGCCGUUCUAUAACCCAAUGAACGCCCCGGCUAACCCCCCUGGCUUCGACAUGCCUUAUGGCGGCCAGAGGAACGAGGCAGGCGAUGGCGGUGUCUCGGCAUUCCCUCAGUUCAACCAGGGCAUGAUGUACAACGCGCCCAGCGGCCCAAUGCCUGGCAACCUCCAGCAGAUGCAGUACCAGCAGAUGAUGAACCGUGGCCCGCCACCCAUGAAUUACAACUUCCCUCCUAUGCAGGCUGGCUACGGGGGUUUCAACGGUCCCAACCCCUCUGUCGAUCAGUAUCGUCAGCAGAACAUGCCCAAUGGCAGCCCAAUCCAGCCUCCUGUCUCGCAGAUGCCUCAGAUGCCUGCCGGGCAGACCCCAUUUGCGCCACCGGGGUUCAACAUGGGAAUGGGCAACUAUGGCUACGGAAACAUGGGAGGGGGCAUGCCCAACAUGGGCUACAUGCAGCAGGACCAGGGUAAUCCCAGACGCGGCCGCGUAAGUACAGCUCAGUCCCGCAACGAUCAGUAG